GUAGAUGCUGUGACAAUGGAGUUAAGCUGCUUUGAAGUACCUCUUUAUCUUUUGGGAAACUCUGGCGUUCCUUCUAAAGAAAAUGAAGAUUGUGUCUUGUAGGCCAUAGAGCACAGACCCUCUACCCUUGAUGUUCUUAGGAAAUUGAAGUCUACCCCUACUUUCUUUGCUGCAUCCAGACUUUCUCCCAUGCUGAGUGGAAGUGAUGAAGUAUAUGCAAAUUGCAUGGUAGUAGACCAAGCUGGACACUUAAAGACUAACUACAUUCAUGGAGAUGGUGUCAGCAGUGAAAUGUGUCUGAACCCUGCCAACUCAAUCCCGGUGGGUAAGAGCUCUUCAUCUCCCUCCCUUGAGGAGAAUGACCGAUUUAUGUAUCUUCCAAAUGAAGAAAGUCAAAGGCCAGUAAAAAAAGAAGAAAAGGCAGGAUUAAGACAUGCCAUUUCACCUUCUCAUCUGUAUGUAGCAGAUUCAUAUCUUCCAUUCAAGACCCAUGGAUUUGCUAAGGAUUGGGGCCAACUUUAUGCUGACCUGAAAAGAAGAAGUUCAAGUCUCGAUGACCUUGAAGUAGACAACGGAAGUGGAGGUGUGUCGGACAGAUCCCAUGUUCACUACCGUCCCCUCAGCCCUUCACAGGCCAUGGCUUCUAGCAGAGAUGGACUGGACUCACCUACCAGUCUGCAGCCCAAGGAAUGCACAGCGUUUGGGAUUCGGUCACGGUCCUAUUCCUACUCCUCAUCCAAAGGUUUGGUAGGAAGACCUCACAUUCCUUGUGACUUUGCAGUUGGGGAUUCAAAUGAAGAGCGAGUGUACAGCCUGCCUGAGCAGUCCCAGCAGCAAAGAAUUCAGGAAGAGGAAUGGAAUAAAUAUGUUGUACCCUUAAAAAACGAGUCUGAAAAAUAUAAAGUGAGUCGGACUUUCAGCUUUCUGAUGAACAGGAUGACCAACACACGGAAUAAAUACAAGACAAAAAAUAAAGAUACCAAAGAUAAGGAGAAACCAACCAGGCACAAUUUUACAAAUGGGACUUUCCUAGGAAUUAUCCCAUGUAUGGUCUGUGAAAAGGGCCUCCUAGGAAAGGAGUCACUGCAGUGUUCUUAUUGCAGUAUGAUUGUGCAUAAAAGCUGCAAGGAGUGUGCUCCUGUGUGCACCAAGAAAUUGCAGGAGAAAUACUAUAAUGAAAACAAGCUCCAAGUUGGUGUAACAAAUUCUCUACCUGGAGACAUUUUGCAGAUGGUGCCAAUCGGACUGUCUCUUGGAAAGAGGGAAGCCUCACAACAGCCCUACCUCUUGUCCAAAAGUGUCCCCAGUGCCAGUUUGGAAAGAAAAGCUACACAAUUUUCUAGACAAGACUCUGAGACUAGCACCUGGAAGUCCAAGUCACAGUCAGAAGAGAUGUUACAAGCUUUAGGGACCUUUUCUUCAAUGGAUGCUUUUAUGAUGGAAGAUGAUGUGGAUUUGUCUCAGUGGACUGAUCUCUGCACAGAUGCAGAAGAGUUUGAGGCAGAAUCCUGGAGUGUUGUUGUGGAUCCGAUGUUCUGCAGCAAGCAAGAAAAGGAUGUCGUCAAGCGGCAGGAUGUCAUAUUUGAGCUGAUGCAAACAGAAGUACAUCACAUCCAUACCCUGUUCAUUAUGUCUGAAAUAUUCAGGAAAGGGAUGAAGGAAGAACUGCAGCUUGACCACAGCAUGGUGGACAGAAUAUUUCCCUGCUUAGAUGAGCUACUGGAGGUGCACAGGCGAUUCUUCUGCAGAAUGAAGGACAGGCGGCAGGAAUCAUGUACGGCAGGGAGCGAGCGUAAUUUUGUCAUCAGUAGAAUUGGAGACAUCCUUGUACAGCAGUUUUCAGAGGAAAAUGCAACUAAAAUGGAGAAAAUAUAUGGAGAGUUUUGUAGCCAUCAGAAAGAAGCUGUUAAUCUCUUCAAAGAGCUGCAACAAAACAAGAAGUUCCAGAAUUUUAUUAAACUGAGAAAUAGUAACCUGUUGGCACGACGCCGAGGAAUCCCUGAAUGCAUUUUGCUUGUCACCCAGCGAAUCACCAAAUACCCUGUUCUGGUUGAAAGGAUAAUGCAAUACUCAAAAGAAGGAACAGAAGAACAUAAAGACUUGUGCAAAGCCCUUUGUCUAAUUAAGGAUAUAAUAGCAGCAGUAGAUUUGAAAGUGAAUGAGUAUGAGAAAAAGCAAAAGCUGUUGGAAAUUCUCUGUAGAACUGAAAACAAAACAUAUACAAAGCUGAAAAAUGGCCAUGUCUUUAGGAAGCAAGACUUGAUGAGGAAAGAGAGGAUACUUCUUCAUGAAGGUUUAGUGUAUUGGAAGACAGCGACUGGUCGGUUCAAAGACACCUUAGCUCUGCUUCUAACUGAUGUACUACUGUUCUUACAAGAAAAGGAUCAAAAAUACAUCUUUGCAGCUGUUGACCAGAAGCCUUCAGUUAUCUCUCUUCAGAAGCUCAUCGUAAGAGAAGUAGCCAAUGAAGAAAGGGGGAUGUUUCUGAUCAGUGCUUCAUCUGCAGGGCCUGAGAUGUAUGAGGUUCACACAAGCUCUAAAGAAGAACGUAACAACUGGAUGAGGCAUAUUCAAGAGGCAGUGGAAAGUUGUCCAGAGGAAGAAGAAGAAAUGAAAAUGAGUGAAUCUGAUGAGGACAGACGUAUUGCCGAGGCCAAGGCAUACAGAAUUCAGAAAUAUCAAGAAUCACUGAGUAACCAGGACCAGCAAAUUUGCUGUAAUUUAGAAGAGAAGUUGCGUAUCUAUGCAGAACUGGGAUAUAUGUGUGGGUUUGACGAUGUCCAUGUAGAACCUCACCUACUUAUCAAACCUGAUUCUGGAGAAACUCCACAGGCUGCUUCACUGCUGGCAGCAGCACUCAGAGAAGUUGAAAGUCUCCACAACGCUGUAACAGCAUCACAAGUGAGUGAAACAUACAGAUUACCAGAGGAAAGUACUGAGGAAAUAAGUGUGAAACAUAGAUUCACUACCAAUGAAAUACUGGAAUCUGUUCUGGGUGAUGCAGAAAGAAAAGAAAUUGAAGAAUCACCAGAAAUUGAUCUCAGUGUUGAAAAGGAAAUGGCAGGUGCCGAUCUUGAGGAUAAGGGAGGAAGUAUGAAUUUUUCAGGAUCUACGGGGACAGAGAUUGUACAAGCAAUCCAGAACUUAACCCGUCUCUUAUACAGCAUGCAGGCAGCACUGGCUAUCCAGGACAGCCACAAAGAACUCUAUAGGUUACUACUGCAAGAGAUUGAAAAGACCAAUCGGAGCCAUGGUUCUCAGCUGAACCUCGUUUUGGAACAAGAGAAAUAUCAGAAUCUGGAAAAACAAAGGGUGGAACUGGCCAACGUACACAGAAUGAAGCAGCAGUUUCAGCAAGAGCAGCAGCGGUGGCUGCAUGAAUGUGACCAGCAGCAGCGGGAGCAGGAGGCAAGGGCGAGCCGGCUAGAGCAGAGGGAACGGGAGUGCAAGGCCAAGGAAGCGCUGCUGGAGCAGAGCCGACUGAGACUGGCGCUGCAGCUGCAGGAGUACCAGCAGAGUCUGGAGAGGCUCCAGGAAGGCCAGAAAAUGGUGGAGAGAGAAAGAGACAGUGUGAAAAUGCAGAAGAAACUCAUGUGGCGCAGGAAGCAUGGUCAGCAAAACAGCCUGUUUUCACACACAGGGGACUAUGAGAUAAUGGGACAUAAUCAAUUGGACAGCUUACAUGGUGAAAAUGCAUUCUACUUCAAUGAAGCUGUAGUGUGUGUGUCUCUAAGAAGAAUCAACAGAUCAAAUUCUUCUCUUGUUUAUGAGGAUUGUGUGUAUCGGGUGAACAUCUCAAAUUCUGAUGUAGCAGGGACUAAUGAAAAUCAGGUGGACCUCAAAAUGGACACUUCUUGUCAGCCAGCACUAACGAGUGCACUGUGGAAAUCCACUAGUCCUUACCAGCAGAUGUCUUAUUCCUGCAAAAGCAACAAGGAUUCAUUUAAUAAUGAUCUGAACACAUCACAGACCCAUAGUUCCCAGACAAGUGUUCCAAACCAGGGAUCCAUCCAGUCACCACAGGUAGAUGAACUGCUGCUGAACCACCAGCCUGAGAGCCUGCAGGAUGCAGAAAGUGGAGCCAGAGUAGAGGAAAAGAUUGUUUACCUCUGAUAACUUGUUUUCUAAUCUCAGUAGCACUUAGGAAAGAUAACUGUGUUUGCUUUUCUAAAUUUCUGUAGUCAUUCUCUGUAUGACCAUCUGGCUUUAAGGGUAGUAUUUAAUAGUAAAUACAAAAUUUUCCCUGUGAUAAAUAUAGCAAGUAAGUUAUUUUGAAGCCUUUGUUGUAUAAUCUUUAAUGUAUGACAUGAUUUCAAAUGCUUUGCAAGAAGCAAUGAGUAUCAGGGGAGACAUAACAUUCUGAAAUUGUAAAGGUGCCACCAAGGACUGUAAAAACUAGUGUUGAUUUUUGCGAGUCUUCUUCUUAGAAGGAUGAGCUAAGAGAGAUGGAUCUGCUACGUGAGAUUUCAGAGUGUGUAUCAGUAACAGUUGUGAUAUAACAUGAGAAGACAGCAAUGUAACGAUGAUGGCUCGAGUCUUUGCUGAAAUGUGCUAUAUACCCUUAGCUGUUGGGUCAUUUUCCUUAUCUUCUAGCUCAGGAACUGCUCAGAAGGGGAUGUAUUUUAUGGUCUGAGCAUAAUUGCAUAAUUGUAAAUGUUUUUUCAUGUCCCAAAGCUUAUUAUAAUUUUGAUACUACUGCCAAUUUCUGUGCAGAGAUGCACUAAAUCAUUGAUUGUAUUAUGACUGUUCCUCAUUUUAGUAAGUGUCCUUACACAUUAAAAUUUACCAGAUGAAACCAUCUCACUGGUCAAAAGAAAAGAAAGGGGAUAAAUAGUAGGCUUCAGUUAAUUGAACUCUUCUGAAUCUCCACUGCUUUCCUGUGUAGAAAUCAGAUAGCUUUCUGCUUUCAGAUUCAUGGGAUUCUCUGUCUUAGGCAGUAAGAAACUUGUUUUGUGCCUUUUUGUCUUUCUGAAAAAUUUGUACACUUCUGUCAAACUAAAUAAAUGUUCUGUGCAUUUCUAGAAAACUGUAAUUUUGAUUCAUUGUGAGAUCCUCCAGAGAAAUUAAAAAAAAAGCAUCCA